CGCUUCGCUGCUGGCCCGUAGCCGAGAUGGACGAGGGGGCGAGGAAGACGAUGGAGUGGCCGCCGCCGUCGACGUCGCCGUCGCUGGUGGUGCGCAGCCCCAGGCAGACGGUCAGCCUGAUCCGGAACCGCCGUCCCCACCGCGACUGGGACCAGUCAUCGAGGUCCCCCUCCUUCGCCGCCCGCGACCACGGGCCCAAGCCGUCGGAGGUGUACGGCUUCGUCGGAUCCAUCACCACCGUCAUCGCCACCGCCGUCUACCUCGCCUGGGCGUACACGCCCGAGCCCGUCCUCCGGUCCCUUGGCAUCACCUACUACCCUAGCAAGUAUUGGGCAUUGGCGGUGCCAUCGUUCGUGAUUGUGGCCGUGGCGCUGUCCAUGGCCAUCUACAUGGGUCUCAACUUCGUCGCCACUCCUCCCCCGACUUCCUUCAGUACCAUCUUCGAUGAAAAUAGUCGGGAGCGCAUGACGUUUUCUCCUGCAAUGGAAGAAGAGAUGCCGAUCGAACCUAUUUCAGACAUUAGUAUUGACCAUAUCAACGAUCUUAUGUUUGGUGGUGGAUGAUUUACUACUCCGGAUGGAAAAUGGGUCUACCUUAGAGCACGAGACUGGAAACAGUAGCAACAAGAAGAAAGAAUCCGCAUCAAGUGAACUUUCAGAUUGCCUUCAUAACCAAAUGAGGAACUCCAUUCUUCAGGGUGGGGUUUUUUUUUUAUGUGUGAACUGUGAAGGAACAUUUCUCUAUCUAGAAUUUCAGCUGUAUUUAUUUGUUCAAUUCGACAGCGGAGACUGCAGAUGUUUGCAAGCAAUACUAGUGGCAAAUGGCAGAGUGUGAAUGGAAUUCAGAAGGCAAUAAAGCUAGCUGAAUAACUUGAUGGGCU